GCGGAAGGCGUGUCCCCUCCCCGCGUCUGUCCCCGCUCCGCCGCCGUCCCCGCUCCGCACACGCUGGGGGGAAGAGGUGCGCAUCCGCCCGCGGUACCAUGCUUCCCCUCCGCCGUCCCCCCGCGCACCUCUGAGCUCCAGCGCCGCGCACAUCCCCCCCGCCGCGACACGCAGCGCGCCAUGGCCGAGCGCGGAGAGAGGAAGACGGCCGUGGCUCCGCCGGCGGCUUCGUGGAAGGACGGAGCCAGACCGGCGAGUCCGGCGGCGGCGGCAGAGCGAUCCGCGGUGUCCAACGGGAACUGCGGCGUACCGGAGGCGGUCAGGCGGGUCCAGAGCGAGUGCUCGGCCGAGGCUUGGGACGCUGUCGGCGCAGACUCGGGCUCCAAGACCAUCCCGCGGCGCAGCAGUCUGAUCAAGGAGGGGUCGCGGUCUGGGCGGGACAGGAAGAAGACGGUGUCCUUCAGCAGCAGCCUGUCAGAGAAGAAGAUCAGCAGCGCGGCCGACUGCAUCCACGCCAUGGUGGAGGGCAGUGAGCUGAAGAAAGUUCGUCCAAACUCUCGUGUGUAUCACAGAUAUUUCCUGCUGGACACGGGGCUCCAGGCUCUGGGCUGGGAACCGUCCAAGAAAGAGUCCGACAAGGCACACGCAGAACACAUCAGCACUGGACUACUCACGAUUAGGGAUAUUCGUACCGGGCGGAACACGGAGACGUUCCGCUGCAGUGGGCUCUACGAUCAGAUCUCUGAGGACUGUGCCUUCUCCAUCAUCUACGGAGACCUGUACGACAGCCUGGACCUGGUGGCCCACAGCGCAGAGGUGGCAAACAUCUGGGUCACUGGACUCAGGUACCUGGUGCAGUACGGGCGCGGGGCUCUGGACCUGCUGGCGCGCUCUCAGGACAGCGUGCGCGUGGGCUGGCUGGAGCACAUGUUCACCAAGGCGGAGGAGGCGGAGCGUCUGGAGGAGGAGGAGCAGGGACUCCGCCUCCUGUCGGCGGUCAGGCUCAUCCAGGGAGUGAACCCCGGAGUGACCAGCACCAAACUGGAACAGCGCUUCAGAGAGCUGCAGAGGGCCAGAGACAGGGGCACAGGCGACAGGGGCACAGGCGACAGGAGCACAGGCGACAGGAGCACAGGCGACAGGGGCACAGACGGACUGACCAACGGAGCAGAGGCUGAGGCAGAGGGCAGGAGGACGGGCCGAGCGCUCAGGAACGAGAGGGUCUCCAGAGCCGACUUCAUCCAGGUGUUCCACGACUUCUGCACGCGACCAGAGAUCUACUUCCUGCUCGUGAAGUUCUCCAGCAACAAGGAGUAUCUGGACACCAAAGACCUGAGCCGCUUCCUGGAGGCCGAGCAGGGCAUGACUCAUGUGAGCGAGGACACGGCCCUGAAGCUGAUCCAGACCCAUGAGCCGUCGGCUCAGGGCCGGGAGCAGGCCUUCCUCUCUCUGGACGGCUUCACCAGUUACCUGACCUCCCCCGAGUGCCACCUGUUCGACCGUGACCAUAAGCUGGUGUGCCAGGACAUGAGCCAGCCCCUGUCUCACUACUACAUCAGCUCCUCCCACAACACCUACCUCAUCGAGGACCAGUACCGCGGGCCCUCCGACCUGUCCGGGUACAUCCGGGCGCUGCGUAUGGGCUGCCGCUGCGUGGAGGUGGACGUUUGGGACGGAGAUGGAGACGAGCCCGUGGUCUGUGCCGGACACACCCUCUCCCCUCCUCUCGUCUUUCACUGCGUCCUGGAAGCCAUCGGGCGCUUCGCCUUCGUGGCCUCGGAUUACCCGCUCAUCCUGUGCCUGGAGAACCACUGCUCCCUGCGGCAGCAGAAGGUGAUGGUGGAACACCUGCUGAGGAUACUGGGGGAUAAACUGUACCGAGAUGAGCCAAAGGAAGGAGAUCUGUACUUACCAUCGCCACAAGCCUUAAAACAUCGGAUUUUACUGAAGGGGAAGAAGCUCGGGUUGGGCGCGGUGAAGGAGGGCGAGGUCAGCGAGGAGGAUGAAGGUGCAGACAUGGUGGCCAAAAUGAAAGCCACAAAUAGCGGAGAAAAGGAGCAGAAAAAUGUAUCGCUAAACGUCUCCGCAAAUGCCAGUCCUCAGAAAACUUCACCCAGGAAGUUCAGGCUGCUGAAGGAGCUGUCAGACCUGGUGACGCUCUGCUCCUCCGUGCGCUUCGUGGACUUCCAGACCUCGUCCAGGACUCAGAAGCCGUGGGAGAUGUGCUCACUGCACGAGGCCCUGGCACUCAGGCUGGCCGGGGACAGUCCAGGGGACUUUGUGAACCAUAAUAAGCACUUCCUGACGCGCGUGUACCCCAGCCCCAUGCGCGUGGACUCCAGCAACAUGAACCCCCUGGACCUGUGGAAGUGCGGCUGCCAGCUGGUGGCCAUGAACUUCCAGACGGCCGGGCUGAUGAUGGACCUGGCGGCCGCCUGGUUCCGGCAGAACGGGAACUGCGGGUACGUGCUGCGGCCGGGCAUCAUGAGGCAGGAGGUGUCCUACUUCAGCGCAGACACCAGGGACUGUGUGCCCGGCGUGUCCCCGCAGCUGCUGCACGUCAAGGUGAUCAGUGGUCAGAACCUGCCCAAACCCAAAGGCUCCGGGGCCAAAGGGGACGUGGUGGACCCGUACGUGUACGUGGAGGUGCACGGGAUCCCGGCGGACUGCACCGAGAGGAGGACCAGGACCGUCACCUACAACGGAGACAACCCCAUCUUUGACGAGAGCUUCGACUUCCAGAUCAACCUCCCCGAGCUCGCCAUGGUGCGCUUCGUGGUGCUGGACGACCACUUCAUCGGGGACGAGUUCAUAGGUCAGUACACCAUCCCUCUGGAGUGCCUCCUCCCCGGGUACAGACACGUGCCCCUGCAGUCCCUCACCGGCGAGGAGCUGCCCCACGCCCGCCUCUUCGUCCACGUGGCCCUCACCAACCGCCGAGGGGGAGGCAAGCCCCACAAACGAGGCCUGUCCGUGAGGAAGACCCGAAAAGGCCGAGAGUACACCGCCCUGAGGGACCUGGGGCUGAGGCCUGUGGACGAGGCCUUUAAGAUGGCCGGCCCCCUGCUGAGAGAGGCCACGGACCUCAGGGAGAACAUGCAGAAUUCCAUCGGUCUGUUCCGGGAGCUCUGCGGCGUGUCUGCGGUGGCGAGCCUCAUGCAGUGUGUGUUGGCCCUGAGCUCCAGCGUGUGGGGGCCGGACGGGGCCCCUCUGCUGCUGUUCGACCUCAGGGACCAGUACCCCGUCCUGGAGCCUGUGGGGCCCCUGCCGGAGAUCCUGCGCCGCCUCGUCACCACCUACGAGCUGAUGGUUCAGGCGAGUCGAGCUGUGAUGGAGCAAAGUGACGGACUCCACCAGAAGAUCCUCCACAUCCAGACCACAGCCAUGGAGUUCCACGAGGGGCUGCAGGUCAUGGCGUCGAGGGAGGGGCUUAAAGGUCGAAAGGUCACGAGAGCCCUGGAGAGCUUCAGCUGGAACAUCACCAUCCUGAAGGGUCAGGCCGACCUCCUGAAACACGCCAAGGCCGAAGUCCAGGAGAACAUGAAGCAGAUCCACGACGCCGCCAGAACCGGGAACCUCAGCAAACACAGUCCAGGGACCCGCCGAGUCCAGGUCCAGACCCGGGCCAGUCCGGACCAGACCCGGGCCCAGGACCAGGACCGGGCCCAGGACCACACCCGAGUCCAGGACCACCCCCGGGUCCAGGACCACACCCGGGUCCAGGACCACACCCGGGUCCAGGACCACCCCCGGGUCCAGGACCACCCCCGGGUCCAGGACCACCCCCGGGUCCAGGACCACACCCGAGUCCAGGACCAGCCCAGAUCCAGCCCGGACCAGCGGAGGGGUCACCACGGCGCCAGGGGGACGUCCACGUGAGAGCCAAUCAGGAGAGAGCUCUGACUAUUUAAGGACCAAUCAGGAGAGAGACGGCAGCAGGCGGACGUGAGCCUCCGUCACGCCGCCGCCGCCGUCACCAUGACGACCGCUCCUCCUGCUCAGAGCUGGAGGACGACGUCUCUCUCUCUUUCCUCUCUUUGCUCUCCUGUCAUCCCUCUCUCUCUCUCUGAACUUUCAUCUUUCUUUCCUUUUCACUCGCUCUCUCUCCCCUCUUUUUCUUUUCUCUCCCCCACUCUUCUCUCUCUCCGAUGCCCGUUCUUUGUCCCCUCCUCUCCCUUUGCUCUCCUCUUUUCUCUCCCCCCUCCCCUUAUCCCCCAUCUCUCUCCUCUCUUCCCCCUCUCUUCUCUCUGCUCUUUCCCCCCUCUUGGGUCUCACCUCUUUCUUCCCCCAUCUUCUCUCCCUCUCUUUCUCUCUCUCUCCCCUCGCUGUCUCCCCUCUCUUCGCUCUUCCCUUUCUCCUCUCUUCUCUGUCUCUUCUCUCUCUCCCUCUGUGUGGGAGUGUGAUUGUAGUGAAGCCAUUGGACAGGUUCUCUCUCUGUCCCUGCGUCCCUCUGUCCCUCUGUCCCUGUACAGUGUGUGUGUGUGUGUGUGUGUGUGUGUGUGCGUGUGUGUGUGCGCGUGUACGCGCGCGUGUGUGUGCGCGCGCGUGUGUGUGUGUGUGUGUGCGCAUCACGUCUGUGCGUCUCAAACAUCAUUUUUGAUAAAAACAAAUCAGGAAACAAACCGACGCAAAAACCAACUGAAGACGGAGGCUCCCAUUUCUCAAGAAACGCGAGUGUGUGUGGGCGGGGACAGGGGGACAGGGGGACGACAGGACACACCAGCAUUUUAUAACCUGUAAUUCCGGACAAAACCAAACAAAAUAAAAAAACAGUGACUGGUUUUGUCUGACGGGAGCGUUCGUUUUGUCUCGUUUCGCUGCAGGGACGUGUCUAACUCGCUGCUUUUUUUAUCAUGUUGUGAAAUAAAAAAGUACAAAUAGUAAAAAUAAAAACACCAAAAACCUCACGUAUCGCAGGUUCAUAUGAACAAUUCAAGACCAAAAUAACGAGGCUCAGGCAGCGUUCAGACUGCAGCCUGAAGUGACCCAAAUCCAAUUUUUUGGCCCCUAUAUGACCUGGAUCUGAUCUUUUAAUGUCAGUCUGAACCACACAGAUCCGAUUUUUUCAAAUGUGACCCAGGACACUUGGAUCUGUGCUCCUGAAACUGAUCCAUAUCUGAUCUUUAACAUGUGACUUCAGUGUGAACGGUCAGGUCACAUUCAUCCACCUACACGUCAUCAACAAGACACAAACGUCACUAUUCUGCGCUGAAGUAGAGAAAACUGUUCAUGAUCCAUGUGACUGAAGUGAAGCACAUCUCCACUCACCACAAAACACCACCACCAAAAACCUCGUCCUUCUCCUUCUCAAUCUCCUCCUUAAAACAAGUAAGUUGUUCAUGUUCUGGCUCUGGUACGAGAGGAACUAUAAAAUCUCCAGGUGCUCGAUGCUGCGUCCAUGUUUGGACAACUUCUGUAAACACAGAGACGCUCGCUGCGGUUGACGUCGUCGUGUCUCCAGUGUCACAUGUGGGACACUUUUGGGCCGUUUAAUGUUCACACUGGAGUCACAUACAAGUCACAUUUAAUUGGAAACCAGCGGCACGGUGGCUGAGUAGCUAGCACUCAUGCCUCACAGCAAGAAGGUUCCGGGUUUGAUCCCCAGGUCGCCCGGGCCUUUCUGUGUGGAGUUUGCAUGUUUCUCCCUGUGUCUGGAUGAGUUUCCUCCAGACGCUCCGGUUUCCCCCAUCAACCCAAAACAUGCUCCAGGUCUCCAAGAACAGUUGAUAGUCGAGGUCAGUUAAAAACAAUCGAUCAUAAUGAUAAUAAUAAUAAUCAAUGAACCUGUCCAGGGACGACAGGUGGAGAUCAGCACUGAUGCUACAACCUGAUGUACAAACAUCUCUCCUGUUCAGGUAAAAAUGCAAAAAAUUGUGCGCUGUCCCUGUCUCAAAUAAAUAAAUAAAUAAAAUUAAAUAAACAACCUCGCAAAAACAUCGGAUUUCACAAAAAAAUCUGAAUUGAGCGUUAAGUCCUGCAGUCUGAACGUAGUUUCAGUUAUAUUUACAGUUUUGUGGGACAGUUGGAGAAGCUUUCGUCCUCUUCUGUCCGACGAAGUGUUCGCCCCCUCGGCUCGAUUCACGCUCCUCGGACUUGGACCAACGUCGGUUUGGUCGAUUCCCAGACUGAGCUUUAGCGCCCUCUGCUGGUGCUUUAACAGAACACAGCGCUGACGUGAGAAACGUUCAGAAAUAUAAAUCCAGUGACGUUUCUGCGCUGGGAAGGAGUCUGUUUACGGACGAAACGGGAGCAGAAAUCAGACGGAAAAAUAAAAAUAUACACAAACAGAACAAACUAAACGCUCCUGUCAGACAAAAAGACACGUUAAAUCUUAAAACUGAAAAUAAAAUAAAAU